GCGUUUGAGACCAGCCUGGCUAACAUGGUAAAACCCUGUCUCUACUAAAAAUUCAAAAAUUAGCUGGGCAUGGUGGCCCACGCCUGUAGUAGUCCCAGUUACGCCGGAGUCUUAGGCAGGAAAAUCGCUUGAACCCAGGAGUAGAGGUUGCAGUGAGCCAAGAUCGUGCCACUGCACUCCAGCUUAGGCGGCAGCAAGUCUUCAUCUCAAAAAAAAAAAAAAAAAAUUACUAAAGCAUACAAAUUAUAUGUAUGCAUAUAUAUAUACACAUUAUAUGUGUGUGUGAGAACACAACACUGCUUUUAUGAUUUUUUUUUUUAGAUCAAAUCACUCUUUUAUGGUUAAAAGCGGGGACUCAGUCUGAAGCCAAGCUGCUUGAGUUAGAAUUUCAGCUCCACUACUUACUAGCUGAGUAACCUUGGGCAAGUUAUUUAACUUCUCUGUGCCUCAUGUUAUUCAUCUGUGAAAAGCAGAUAAUCCCACAGCUGAAAAUUACAUGAAUUAAUAAAUGUAAAGCACAUAGGACAAUGGCAGGCACAUAAAAUACCCACUAAGUACCUGUUACACAGUGUACAUUAAGCAGUAUGCCCCAUAUCAUGUAGUUUCAAGCUUUUCUUAUGCCAGAACUAUACUGUCCUGUUUUAGGACCUGAAGAUGGCAAGACAGUAGAAAGCAGGAGUAAGAGUGGAAAUGAAAGCAGAAGGUCCUACAGUGUAGGGGAAGCAAUGGAAGAACUUCUACCUGAUAGACAAAUAUGGGCUAAUAUGGAUCCAGAAGAACGAAUGUUGGCAGCUGCUACAGCUUUUACCCACAUCUGUGCAGGGCAGGGUGAAGGAGAUGUUAGGAGAGAAGCCCAAUCUAUCCAAUAUGAUCCCUACAGUAAAGCUUCAAUAGCCCCAGGAAAGCGACCUACUCUUCCUGUGCAACUACAAUACCCACAUGUAGAAAGUAAUGUCACUUCAGAAACAGUCUCUGAGGCCUCCCAAAGACUCCGAAAGCCGGUGAUGAAGAGAAAGGUGCUGCGUAGAAAGCCAGAUGGGGAAGUAUUAGUAACAGAUGAGUCAAUUAUCAGUGAAUCAGAAUCUGGUACAGAAAAUGAUCAGGGUCUCUGGGACUUAAGACAAAGGCUGAUGAAUGUGCAGUUCCAGGAAGACAAGGAAUCUUCAUUUGAUAUUUCACAAAAAUUUAAUCCACCACAUGAAUACCAAGGAAUUUCUCAAGAUCAGCUCAUUUGCUCUCUACAAAGAGAAGGAAUGGGCUCUCCAGCUUACGAACAAGACCUGAUUGUUGCCAGCAGACCCAAGUCCUUUAUUCUCCCAAAGCUGGACCAGUUAAGCCGAAACCGGGGCAAGACAGACCGGGUAGCCCGGUAUUUUGAGUACAAACGGGACUGGGACUCAAUACGUUUACCUGGUGAAGAUCAUAGGAAGGAAUUACGCUGGGGUGUCCGAGAGCAGAUGCUUUGUCGAGCAGAACCCCAAUCCAAACCUCAGCACAUAUAUGUCCCAAACAAUUAUCUAGUACCAACAGAGAAGAAAAGGUCUGCACUCCGUUGGGGUGUUCGUUGUGACCUUGCAAAUGGUGUCAUACCCAGGAAGCUUCCCUUCCCUCUUUCUCCUUCUUAAAUCUUUUUAAACUUCUUUCACAGGAUUGUUUGAGAUAACCCAGCUCUUUAUAUCGUUCCUUUUAAAUAGAAACAAUUGUCUUGAAAAGCUCUUAGAAACAUCUUACGGUAAGGACUUCACCUAUCAUUGGUCUUUCCUAGCUAUAUAUCACAUUGGUAUCAGAUAAUACUUCCAAAUUGCCACUCAAAUCCAGCAGUUGCAAGAUAAAUCAUCAGAAAGAACAACAGACCUGGUCUUUCUAUUUUGUCAAAUUAGUAAGGGCCCUUUGUGUCCUGUAACCUUUUUUACCUAUCAUUGUGAGUUGCUGUGCUUUAAUGUGUGUUUUUUAAGUUGCUGGGCAUUACGCUUAUCAAUUAAAGUAUUUUGGAAAUUCAUUAA